AACUUAUCUAAUCAAUGAACACCGCGGAAAUGCAUGAAUGCUUCAGAGUUUACUAAAAUUUCAAAAACCUCCAAAGAGAUAAAAACGUUUUUGUUCACUUUCCAAUGAUGACAAUCAACCGAUAACGGUUUAAAUGUCGAGCGAGUACCGCUCGAAAAAAGUGAAAUGCGGGCGUCGGUUGAAGCUGAAAAACAUCAGGGAACCACCACUCCGAAGACUUCCACCACCUCCAGGUUAAAUGAAACGUUGAAUAAAAAAGAUUGCUGAAGUUGGAGCGAGCGCAGAAUCAACCCCUGUUGAGAGUCUUUCGCUACCUGUACAGAGCGCUUAGUUAUCAUUUGUACCAUCCACCACUGAGCGCGCCGCACCCGUGAAAGCUACAUCCGCGCAUCGCCAAAUAUCGUUCAUUCGAAAACACCUGCUCGUCGUGGUAACAUCGGCUUCUGCAUUCGGUUGCCUUCUUCGAGAACAAGAGCACGGAUCGUAAAGUACCCCACAGUGAGGAAGCACCGAAAAAAUUAAAAUUGAGGAUAAAAAUAUAAGAGGAGAUCAAAAUCGAAACCACUGACUCCACUUUUCUUGCGAAAAACUCUGCGACGAUGAAGAUCGGCGCCCUUAACAGCAUCACUUCCGGUCUCACGAUCCUGACCUUUUCUCUGCUACUCGUCGUAUCUUUCAGCGUCGAGGCUUUAGCUACACGCGGCUGCUCGGCGUACGGACACUCCUGCUAUGGUGGCCAUGGCAAAAGAUCGUCCGGUGACGAGUUCCCGCGAUCGACGGAAGUUGAGAUCGACGUCGCAAGCCCUGACGAAAUAGCUCAGCACUCGGGCGUCGAUGAGCUAGUGUAUCUGAGUAGCAACGAAAUUCAACAAUUACAAGAUUUCAUAAAAUGUCCAAAUUGCCCUGUUGGAUCGUCACGACGUUCCCGAGAUGACUGGGACUCUUCUCUCCUUCUCCGGAAAUUGAUCGUCCCGAAUCGUCGUCCCUACAACCCUGCUCGCUCGCCAAACGAUGAAUAAUAACGGAUGCACCGACGUUACAAACUUCCUCGAGAACUUGAAGGGAAAUCGGAUUUAGAUGAACGCACGAGAAACAACUUGAAUGAACCUUAAAAGAAGCGCCUUGUUUCGUGAUUUUUUUGCAAAAGCAACAAAAUCUCGUUUCAUUGCGAUCGUUUCGUUAUAAUGUCUGUCUAUUUUUAUAAUAUCAAUUAACCCAGUCACCCUCGAGGUCCGAGACUUUUCACACUUCUAGUCAAUCGACAAUUAAUCGAAGAUAAAAGUGGCAGAAGCAGCGGGACUGUUGCCCUGUUUUUUUCAUGAGUUUAUGACGUCAAAUUUUUCUAUUCUAUUUGUUUUUGGUGUAUUCCAAUUUUUACGAAAUCCAUUGUCGUCGUACUUGUGAUUCUGACCAAUAAAAAUGUUUGUCAAAUAAAGCACUUGAGACUUUGCACACCAGGAAA